CCGAGAUUCGUCAAAAUUGCAGCAGCAAUCGAAUUUACCUUGCCUUGUCAAAUGAAUGACUCGCUCGCUUCCGGCCGAUACUACGUGCGACAUUUGCCGAAUUCGUUCACGGUGCCGUCGACGUCCGACCCAUCGGCUAUCAUCGGCUAUCGAAUUGCGCCGACAUAACCAAUCGUGAAAUCGAAAUUCCGAAUCGACGCGAGCAGCGAAUUUCGCUGUGCGACCGUCGCGAAACAGGAAGUGACGCAACGUCGCCUAUACACACAUAGCGCACACCACGGCGUCCGCGAUUCAAGAUGUCCGCAGUCUCGCGAUAGAACGCGUACCUUUUCGGGAGGUUCUGUCAAGGGAAGACAUUGCGGGACGACUUCUUAAACGCGAACAGCUCGAGCCGUUUGCUCGCUCGUGAAGAUCGUGAGAUUGACGGCGCGCGUCCGCUUGCCACCGGUUUGUCGCGGUCCCCGAGUGUACGACUUCUCGGGAGCGAUACCUAGAAGGGAAAGAGAGAGAGAGAGAGAGAGAGAGAGAGAGAAAGAGCGAGAGCGAGAAAGGCAGAACAGUACGGGAAUCGACAAGCGUCAAGAUUCUUGUACCGUGUCGUUUGCUGGCUUAUUGUGUCGCGUAAAACACGGGGAUCCCAUCGGAAUAGCCGAAUCGUCUCGCGAAAUCGCGCGAAUUAUCGUCGACAAUCGGUGAGAGUGGCGUGGAAUCGCAAAGCAAUUUGUCCACGCUUCCUGUUCACCGCAUCGCUGUUCAUCGUUGUAUCUCGACGGCGAGGCCAGAAUCCGCAUCGACGACGCUCUCGAUGUUGAUCUUGUCAUUGCGGGAGGCGACUUAGAAAUCCCGGAUUCCCGGGAACGAACGGACCGCAGCGCGUAGUAGCAAAUUUAUAGCAGAAAUGCAGUGGGUAUGAAUUUUAGGAAAAGUUAAGAUGUCAAGUGACAGUGAUUAUACUUGUCUGGUACGUCGUCAUACUCACAAACGCAAGAAAAUUGUCAUCAGUGAUAGUGAUAGCAGCGAUGACUCUUUUAUUGUACAAACUCGGAGGAAAAAGAAGAUACAUAGAGUCAUUAGCGAAGGAGAAAAUAGUAGUGAUGAUAGUGAUGUACCUAAACCUGUGAUUAGACGACAAACCCAUAGAGUUAUUAGUGAGGAUGAAUCUGAUUAUGAUAUUAGCGCAUCAGAGGCAAGCAAAUCCACUCAGAGUGAUAGUAGUAGCACAUCUGAAUGGCAAAGUGAUUGGAGUAGUUCUGAUGAAUUGAAUGAAGACUGUAAGAAACACAAUGCUAAGCAUAAAGUUUUAUCUAAAAUAAAGAGGGAGGAAGCUGGUAAACCUGGUCCUUCCUCAUCAUCCAAUGCCAAUGUCCACUCUGAUAGCAGUGAUGAACAUUCGGAGAAAUGUCCUAUAUGCCUACUGCCAUUUAGAAAACAGCAAGUUGGUACACCAUCUGCUUGUGACCAUUGCUUUUGUUUAGAAUGUUUAUUGGAAUGGAGUAAAAAUAUUAAUACUUGUCCUGUGGAUCGUCAAUCUUUCACUGUCAUUCAUGUUAGAGAUAAUCUUGGAGGCAAGAUCAUAAAACAUGUACCAAUAGAAAUUGUGCCACGCAUUGAAAAUCAAGCGCCAGAUGAUCCAACAUUUUGCGAAGUGUGUCAUCAAAGUGACAGAGAAGAUCGAAUGUUACUUUGCGACAAUUGUGAUCGUGGCUACCAUUUGGAAUGUUUAACACCUCCAAUGACUGCAGUUCCUAUAGAAGAAUGGUUUUGCCCAAAUUGUACAACUCACCCAAAUAAUAGAAUGUUUGUAACGCACUUUUUGCCAACUCUUAUGAUGUCACGACGUCCCGGUCGGCGUAUUCUUCAAUUCGGAAACAAUAGUCGUUUAGGCAUAUUUCGUACAAUAUUUCCUCAUAUUCGCCAUGAUAAUCGCAAUCGUAUUAGAUAUCUUCACGCUCGCACCCACGAAGUGCACGACCAUACUCCAGCAGACAUUCCCGAGCAAUUUAUCGAUCCGAAUAUACCAUCUACUUCAUCUGGCCUCGAAUCGAUUGGUGACAAUAGUCGAAGUCGUUCUCCAAACACUAGUUUAGAGGGUAAUGCUUCUUCGUCUACGCGCUCGAACAAAAAAUCCAAAACUAAAACAACGAAAAGAAAAAAAAGGAAGGUCAUGAAAAACUCCAAGAGAAGCAGCAAUAAUGUAGUUCGAGAGGUGCGAAUCACAGAAUUGAACGAUGAUGGCGAAGAGGAGGAGAUAGUAACGUAUGUCAAAGUCGCAUCAUCCACAUCGAGAAGGAAGUGUAAGAAAAGAACAAAGAAAACGCGCAAGAGGAGAAAACACAAACGACGAGCGCGUACUGUAGCAUCCAUGUUGGCUAGUAAACAUACAGUAAAAAGAAGAUUGGCCUUCACACUUGGUAUACAGAAGCCAAAAGUGCCGCAGUUUGUACCUACCAUGAAAAAUAACAUCUCUAUUCCUGAGAAAAGCGCUCUCAGCAAUGCCAGAUAUAACGCCGGCAUACCCCAAGUCAGUCUCUUCGGGAAUAAUUUGGGUAUAGAUUACAGUCCGCCUGGGUCGGACGACGACGACAAUGAAUAUUCCAUUGGAAACGGUCCAUUGAUAAAUGUACGGCAACGACGGUCGGCGGUACCAUCGAUCAGACGUCGUACUAUUUUAAAAACUAUCGCCAAUCCAAUCGAUGAAUCGGAGAAUGCGAGCACGAUGGAUUUGUUGAGUAGCAUAAUGAACAAUCAAGAGUUAUGGCAUUCGACCAAGAAGAAAGGUGACGUGAUCCUGAAGGCCGAUGGUACACUGGUGGUGAAUCCUGAUAAGGAGAAUAAACACAGCAUUAAUAAUAAUGAAAGUCCGAAGAAGGAGAAGCACGAUGAAGAGAAAGUUACGCGGCACAAGGAGGCGAAUCAUUUAAAGGUGGUAGACACACCGCUGGAUCUAUCUAACGUCAAUCCCAGUGAUAUAACACAGGCGCCAAUGUACAACAAUCCAUGUGGCGGCAGCGGCGGUGGUGGUGGUGGCAAUCGGGGCAACUUCCGGGGUGGCUAUAGUCGCGAUAACAGUGGCCGACACGGAGGGCAAAGCUACGGCAGCGGUCGCGAUUCGCUACCGCCAGGCGGUAGACACAAUUACGGCGGCGGAACCGGCAGUGGCGGUCCGCGGGACAACUUCGGGAACCGCGACUUUGGUCCGCCGUCGUUCUACAAUCCCAAUUUCGAGCACUGCGGCGGACAUCCCAUGUUCGGCGCCCACGCGCCGCCGCCGCCGUUCCGCAGCCGUAAUCCGCAACAUUUCCGAAACGAACGGUUGCGUUUUCCGCCGCCGCCACCGCCGCCCAUCGAGCGACCGUUUAAUUAUACGGACGGUGGUAAUAGCAGUUUUGAACCGAGAUUGCCGUUUCCGCACGCGACGGACCGAUUUCCCAGACCCAGGCCACCUCCGUUGGGCAUACCGCCUGCCAGUGGUUUACCCAUUGUACCGCCAAACAUGGCGCCAGAUCCCCUGAAUGUGCAAUCGCCGACACGCCUGCAUAAUAAUCUAUCUUCGGUCAAUUUGCCUGAGGACGCGAUGCGGAACUACCGGUCAUCCCCCGAGCAGAACGAUCGCAUUGUAAUGCCGGAACCUGUAGCCGCGCCGGCUACUACGCGCCAGGACAACGACGAUUGCGACAUCUAUUGUGACAUCGAGCCGCCAUCUAAGCCUGAGUGUGAGGUACAGGAGGAACUUCACAACAACGGUUCGAUGAUUCUCUUGCCACCACCAGAACCGCCGUCCGGCUUGUUAGAUUUUGAAGAAAACUCCAGAAGUGACAAAGAUAACGAUAGCGAGCAGGAGUUGGUGAUUGAUGACAGUCAUAAAGAAGACACACCGAAAGAUUUGCCGACGAGCGGUGACAAAUAUGAUCCAUUUGCCGCCGAUAGUGAUAGCAACGACGAUGCUGCUGCUUCGAUAGAUGAGAAGAUGGUGCUCGAGAAAGUACAAGUAUUGCGAAAUAGCCUGGACAGUCGUAACAUACCAAUGCCGGUUGCGCCAUUGUUGAGUUCCACGAGUUAUCCUUCGAUGCCAGCAGUUACGACUGCUGAAAACAGAGAACGGCCACAGGAACCUCUUCGGCUCACUGCGUACGAUGACGAUGACGACAAUGACUCUCAAUCAGAUUGUCCGAAUUUUUCCAUCUACUCAUCGCAGACUAUGGAUGUGGCCAGGCACACGGAACAGGAACUGUCGCAGCAGCUCGGACCGCUUCAACCACCGCCGUUACCGCCCAAUAUUCCCGAAGAUGAUGAUAUCAUCGUGGGGGAUAUCCAAGCAUGCGAUCUACCGGACGUGCCUCCCGAACCUGCUGAUCCUUAUCUCGAAGCGCUACAGAAAGAGCGACAAACUUUGAGUAAGAUACCACCGAAAAAGAUUUCGCAUGAUUCGCGUGGGAAAAUUACCUUCAAGAUCGGUUACAAACUGAGACUAAACAACCGACUGAGUGGGCUGCAUUCUGAUGAUCACAGUGUAAAUUCGCAGAAUGUGAGUUUUCAUCAGAAAAAAGCAGCGACGGCGGUGCCGCCGAUUGAUGACCAGCAGCAGCAAGAACGAGAUGGUGACAAGAAUGUCAAUCCGUCCAAAUCAACAAUGGAAUCCACAGCAAUAAAAUCGUCGAUAGCGAUAAACCAGUUGAUAGGACCACGGCUUGCAGAGGAGGACGAAAAGAAUAUUUUAACAGAAAUCGCUAUGCCGAGCUCGCUUAAAAAGAAGAAGCCACUUCAAUUUCCUAGUCAACAUGAGAGCGAAGAACUUGAUUCGGAGAGUUCGUCGAACGAGGAAGCAGCAAAGACGGACGAAACGAAAUCGAGAUGUAUCGAUGUUGCGUCGCCCACCAGAAAAGAAGAGGAAGACAGCGAACAGGAAACGUCACGAAUGGCAGCGACGUCAGAUGAAAAUAUUGCAGUCGCAGAGAGUACAGUGUUAUCCGCUUUUCGGUUAUCCCCAAGAAAGUUGGAUGAUGGUGAACUGAAUAUAGAAUGCAACUCGCAGGAUUUGGAAGGCGAUAAUGCAACAACGAGCAAGGCCGUAUUGAAUCAUUCGAACGAUGUAUUACGAGGCGAAGCAAGCGCGUGCGAUGACGACUCGCAGGAGCGGGAGUCAAGUAGCGAAGAUUAUGAUCGUUCGCCGAGCAGUAGUGGCAAACCUGCUAAAGUGGAUUGUGACGAUAAGGAUGAUGACGACAAAGCAUCGAGUGAUUCUAAUGAAGAUCCGAAUUCGUUGGAUCAGCGACAGGAGAAGGCGAGCUUCUCGAUGGAGACGAUAGUGGACGAUGAGAUCGAGCAAUUCCCGAUAGAAAAGGACAAAUUGGACGAGCUGCCUGCGCCGGUCGACAACAACUGGGACUCGGAUGGCGCUUAUACCCCUUGUAAAGACGAAUUACCUGUGAGAGAGGAGGGUGCGCAAGUAUCGGAACGACGUGCAGCGUCAUUUGAGGUCGGUUUAGAGCCGAUCACUCCAACGAAAGAUAGAACGAAUGAUGACCUUGACGAUUGUAGAACACCGCUAACGGGUUACGCCGAAUUAGGAACCGAGGCCAUUUCCGAGACCGAUGAGGCAAUAAAUUUCGAGGAGGAAUUAAACGCUUUGGCUUUACGCAAAGAGAAAGAGAUGGAGGAUGGUGAAAUAUUGGAUGAGAGCAAACUAAAUGCGAAGGAACGCGAAAAAUCCAAGGAAGAGAAAGAAGAAGAAGAUAGCAAAAGGAAGAAGAAGAAGGAUAAGAAAGAAAAAAGCAAAGAAAGUACGGAAAAGAACAAAGAAAAUAUUUCGUCGGAUAAUCUGGUCGCAUGGAAAAAGCUCUCGAAGAGCACGAAAGAAAGACCGUAUCGCGACAAGGACAAACGAUCCAAGUCGAAGGAGAAAGAGAAGGAUAAAGAUAAGGAUAAGUCUUCCAAGAAAAAAACAAAAGAGAUAGGUAAAAAGAAGGAGAAAAGAAAGGAGCUUCCGCGAUACGACGUGAGGAAAAUCGUGGCCGAAAAACCGUCUCGACCGAGAAAAGAUGAAUAUGGUAGAGAUAUCAGAGAGAAGUCGCGAAGUAGAUCAAGAAGUCGCUCGUCGGACAAGAUUCGAUCUGGCUCAAGGGAUCGACGGAGUCGAUCAUACUCGAAGGGACGAUCCAGGAGCAGAUCUCGUCUUCGAUUGUCCUCCUGGUCGAGAGAUCGCGGUCGAUCAUAUUCUAGAUCUUGCCGUUCAAUCUCACGCAAGAGAUCAUCAUCCCGUACAAAACGGAAGACUUCGCGAAGACGAUCCGUUUCGCGUAGACGAUCUCUAUCGAGACGACACUCGGUUUCUCGAAGACGAUCGCGAUCACUAUCGCGUAAGCGACAACGAUCGCUGUCACCCAGGCGACGAUCCAGGCGGUCGUUAUCGAGGUCACGCGAUAAACGGAAGGAUAAGACAAAAAAAUACAAGUCACGUAGUCGUUCGAGAAAUCGCAAGAGAUCACGUAGUAAGUCACCGAAGAGAAUGUCAUCCAAGUCGCGCGAGAAGAAACACAGCAAGAGAAAGGUACAUAGCCGAUCCCGAUCGAAGGGUAGAUCAAUCUCUCGAGAUCGGGAUCGCAAUAGAAAUUGGGAUCAACUGAAUGAGAAAAGCGUAGACCACGAGCAGCAGUUUCCACGUGAGCGAGAGGAGCACGAGCGUUCAUGGAGCGCGCAAUGGACACCGUCUUGGUCGCGAUCGAGAUCUAAAACGCCACCGCACAUUCAACAAGAGCAAAUUGGAUCGCGCAACUGGUCGCCACCGCCCGUGCUAAAUAGCGUAUCGCCGAAGAACUUGACCGUCAUACUAACAAACAAAGAAGCGAUAAAAAAGAAGAAAAAAGAACGCCGAAAAGAAAGCCGUAAGUCCAAGGAGAUGGAAAAGCGGCGGAAGAGCAAGCGCAACAGAACUCCGCCACCAUCCAAGGAAGUAUUCGCUAGCGGUGAUAACAUAUUAGUAAGUGUGUGCUUUAACAAGGAUAAUGAGACGAAUCCGAUAAAUACGCCGGAAUUGCCUCAAACUAUUCCUUUGGUGCCACCGAUAAAACGCCGACGAAGAGAGUCAGUUCAGACAGAAUCCUCCGUACCUUCUGCGAAGCGAGCGAAGAAGGAGAAAACGAAGGAUAAACGAUCCAAAUCGCCUAAGAUAAAGAAAGACAAGAAGAAGAAAUCCAAAGCAGCAGAGAUCGCGGCGACGAAGAAACCCGUGGCUGUCAUCGAUCUGGAUCAAUCGCCGUUCCGUGAGCAAACGCCAUCACCGCGUGAUGUUAUUGUGCUGAGCGACGACGAUGACAAACAAGCGCAGGAAGCGCUCGCUGCGUCGCCAGAGCAGUGCCCGCCAUCACAAGCGUCACCUCCGCGCGAACAAUUUGUCUCGCAGGGCCCAAAGACGCCGCCGGAGCCGCAGAUCAAAUUCUCUAUAAACAAGCAACCCAGCAAUCUCAGACCGUCCUUAAUAAAUCCGCUACUGGAAGAAGAAGAGGAAGAAGAAGAAGAGGAGGAAGAGGAAGAAGAAAUGAUAGACGAGCGAGUCGAGGAAGAGCUGGAAAUGCGGGCACAAGAGGAACUAGAGCUACGUCUAAAGAUUGGGCCUAACACACCCCCUGAACCGCCCACGUCUCCACCGACUUCGCCGGAUGCGUAUGAUCCUUUCGAUCCGACCAAGUCUCGAUCUCCGACACCUGAUGCGAGUCAAGAGGCUACGCCGAAUGACGAUCGCGAUCGCGCUCAGCGCAAUUCGCCGAGAAAGCAUGACGGAACAGUGGACACUCCGUUGCCGUUGGACGAACCGAAUCAACAGCAGGAUCAGUCCAAUCAGGAGAAGCCGAUUGAGAAACCAAAGAUAAUAUCAAUGGUGACUAUCAAACGACCAUCACCGCAAAGGGAUGUCUCUGCGUCUUCUCCUGUGCCGGAGAAUCAAACUGAUAUAGCUCAAUCGUGCAACAGUCCUCCUUCCAAGACUCAGCAAAAUCCGCAAUCGAAUGUGCAAUCAACCGCCAAUCCGUUCGCUACCAUUAAUCCUGUGCUAGCAACGGUGGCGGCCGCGGUGCAGAGAAGCUUCAAUACUAGCACAACUAACACCACGCAGAGAACAUUGUUACAGUCUAAUCGUAUCUCGCCAAGCAAUCAGAUGAAACAACGUACAAACGACAGGCCGCAGCUUCCUAAUGUAUUUGCAAAUUCUGCAAAGUCAUCCACCAUGGGACGAUCUUCCAAAUCCACCCAGGGUAAAAAUAAUUCGACGAUAGGUCAGAAUGGCAGCGACGCGCCCAUGGAUAUGACGAAUGACAACGUCAUCGAUAUGUCGUCGCCAUAUUCACCGGGAUCGACCCUGAGCGACGGUCUCUUCGAUCCACCUAGCCCCGCCAACUUUAAUAACUCGCCCAUUGCAAAUGCACCACCUCUAUCAACCACUACUAAAACAACUACGCCGAAGGUUAACAAGAGCGUGGAGAAAAAGGACGCUUUCGAUGCACUAUUCGGUGGAAUACUGCCUCCCGUUAAAACUACAACCAAGAAUAAAAGCAAAAAAGUCGCCAAGGAAAAGCCGAAAAAGUGUACCAAUCCUAAAAUUGGCGUACGUAUGGACGAAAAUCAGCUCCAAAUCCUGGACGAUCUACCUAGUUCUGCUGUGGAAAUGCAAGUCAAGGACAAGUUUCUUAAGAAAUUAAACCGGCAAGAGAGAGUAGUGGAGGAAGUGAAAUUAGUUCUCAAACCCCAUUACACCAAAAAACAUGUGACAAAAGAAGAAUACAAAGAUAUCAUGCGUAAAGCUGUACCUAAGAUAUGCCAUAAUAAAACAGGCGAAAUCAAUCCUAAAAAGAUAGCGCACCUAAUAGAAGCAUAUGUAAAAAAAUGUCGAAACAACAAGAAGAAGACUUCUUCUGCCAAGAUAACAAAACCUACGAAAACUCUAUGGAGUUGAUCACGUAUUGGCAAUCCUAGCGCAUUAGAAAUUUCUUCAUCGUUAGGCGCCUCUUCUUAAACCUUAAAACAUUCUAUCUUCUGAGUGGUAAGUGAAUCAGCAAGGUAUAUACAUAUAUACUGACGAGCGCAACAUGUAUUGUGUGUACAUACAUAAUUCAUUAUAAUUGUAUAAGCGUAAUAUUUUUAUUUAUCUGUUUACAUAUGAGAGAGAGAAAGAACGAACGAAUGAAUGAUUGAGCAAGUAAAGAUUCGUAUGAGUAAUUGCUAUUAUUAAUAUCCAUAAAUAUUAAACGUUUAAACACGUUUGCGAAGGCGCUCGACUAUGUGUGUGUGUGUGUGUGUGUGUAUGUACGAUCUUUGUCCGAAAAUAGCCGUGCAUUAUUGCGGUGCCUCCCAAAUUCGGAUUCGAAGAUCUCGAUCAACGAUCUUUAAAUUAGGAAAUAUAAUAGUGUACGAUAAUCAUAUUUAGAGAGUGUGAGAUUGUAAUCCAGAGAAGAACAGAAGAAUGCUCAAAAGCAAUUCGAGUCGCUAUAUACGGGAGAGAAAAUAGAUAGCCAGCUAUGUAUUUUCCCAACAUCUGCACUGUAAAAUUAAUAGAUUCUUAAACUUAUUAUUAUACAUAAGUAAAUAUGGCCUGUUUCAUCAAAGCCUUUUUCAUACGAGUUUAUUUCGAUAAGCAAGAUAUACGGUAACUUGAUUACUACUAUAUUUAUACUCUGUAAACGGAUGAUUUCACACAUACACAUACAUAUAAUGCACAUGUUUUUAUUGAUCAGCAAAUUCAAUGUAAAUAUAAAUCAUAUAUAAAAUUGUCAUCUUCGUAUGUGAAUUUGAGUUUAGCUUGUAUUUGCCUUUGACUCAAGUUGUCUGUUAUUCCAAGGGGAUGUUUUUAUAUUACGUUUUAACGCCGCAAAAAAAUUGUAGAACAUCGAAAUCUCUCUUUAUGAUUUGUUCCAUUUAUAUAUUUCAGAAAAAAAGGAAUGUACUGUCUUGUGAAUGCCAUAAACCAUAUUUACGUUUCAUGUUUAGCAUCGAAUACGGUUGUAUAAUUCACGGCUCAAGUAAUGAUUAAUUAUAUAUUGCAUUAUACGCACACAUACACACGCACGCAGAGACACAUGCAAUGAUAUAAUAUUAAUGAAAUACAGAUCCAUGUUGAAAGUUGAGCACGUGAGACGUGUGUAUGUUUACCUGUGCAUGUAUUUCUAAGAAGAUAGGAUGCGAUCACCGUAAAAUAUCCACUUUUUGAAAGGCACUUGAUGUUUCAAAAUGCAAAAUGUGUAAUGCGUUGAAAUAGAAAUGUAAUCGUCAAUCGUGAGUUUUUACGCCGAUAGUAAAAUAUUAUAAACAGCGUACAUGCGCUAUGAUUAAAACUUUUUUGCAUAUAAAAGUCAACCGAGUACAGUGUAUGUCCGUUUUAAAGAUUAAUACAUGGUGUAUUUCUUUAACUGAUAAAAAUAUAAAAUUAAUUCUAAAACAUAAUAAAAAGAAAAAAAAAAGAAAAAAUUGAUCAUCUACUUCAUGUUUUAAAGAAGCAAUUGUGUAUAUUGAUAAUGAAAACGGGCAUUCUCUGUGGAAAUCUUAAUAUUGAAGAGCAUUGUUGUGUUAUAUAAAUAUACAAAUACACAUUUAAUGCUAGCUACAACAUGUAAAAUUCUGUUGUACAUUUUAUAACCGAAUUGUAUGCUCAUGUCGUACAAAACACGUAUGUGGAUAAGUUUUAUACUUUUUAUGCGUAAUAGCGGAAAUUGCAUCCUCUUUGGAACAUAUACAUAUGUAUAUGCAUAUGACACUGUGGCUGAUGAAUUUGAGCGAAAUAUGUGACGAUCUUUAUCAUAGAAUAUUCAGUAAAACGAUGUUAAAUCUAUGUCCUUCGGUACGUUCGAGAAAAGCUCGUUAAUUCUUGUGUGUAUGAACUCUCUUUUGUACUAAAUAGUACUGUACAUAAACGAAAGAAGAAUAAAGAGUUUAAUAUUAUCAAA